CUGCAACGUGAGGAACUCAGACGAGAAGCCCCUCGCCAGACCAGUGAAACAACAUGUGUAGGGACAUUACAGGGAGCAAAGUAGUUGCAGUGGUGAAAUCUGCUGGCUCGUAGUGUCCUGUUAAUCAGCUGAGGAAGACAUGAGAGCUCGGGGGACACUGCUUUCUCCUUCAAGACCUGAUACCUUAGUGUGAGCCAAGUAUGCGGCCUCUGGCAGUUUGUUGAGAAGAAGGAAGUAAAACGGCUUCUGGCUCAGUCUCCAUCAGCUAAGGUCCUGAAGACUCCUCAGCUCGGUCCUAUAUCAAACUCUGGGUGUGACUGUUAGUUACAGUGGGAACCACGUUGCCUCAGGAAUAAAAACCUUAUGUGCCUGCCAGUCUGAGCCUCAGGUGAGGGCUUGUAACCCCACAUCACUAGUGCUGACAGUGUCUAGCGACUUGCAGCACAGGUGCAAGGUUCAAGCGUUGCACUGCUGUCACUGCAUCUGUGGUGGCAGUUAUGUUUACUGUUGGUUGGGAUUUAUCAAGAACUUGUAGUCAAUCCACAGGGACCAACAGAAAAUAUCCAACUCCUUUCACCUGGAGCUGACAUCCCAAAAGUCAUUCCAACAGAAGGACCACUUGUUGAGAGGGGAGCUGUAAGGAGAAACAGGGUCUUUUUGGGAAGAGAGCCCUCCUCCACCUCAGGCUUUGGUAUUGUCUCGACUGUUAAUUCCUUUCCUGGCUAACAAUCUCCACCCAAGUCCUCUGGCCCUAAACUAAGCCCUUCAGAAAUAACCACAUCUUUGUUGGGCGGUGCCAUGCCCACCAACCAGUCCUCGCCCUGGGGUGGGGGGAAGCUUCGGACUUCUUCCAAUUCAAAUAGUCCCACUGCUACAGCCUCCAGCGCCAAGACAGUUGUGGUCACUAAAGUGCCUUUUAGCCAGACUUCUCCAGAGCGAGCGAGCAGAAAGGAUCAGGCCAAACCUCUCUCCUCCAAUGUUGCCUCGUCUGCUUCCCCCUUGAGGCAGACAACAGUGGCCCCAUCUGUGGUUUCAGUAUGGGAGACUGAGGACGAAAAUAAAACCAACACACAGAGCCAAUUCACCGCUGUGCCAGAUGGGUCUCCAAACCUGCCACAACAACUUAAUGUGAUAAAAGUCCCAAACCAGGUACUUGAAAGAGGACUGACACAGGCUGGUUACAUCCCCACAGAGACCAGUGCCCCUUCCUCCAUCCACAAGAAGGAAUACCAAGCUGGGUGUAAAGUCCAACUCAAAACCUCUCAACCUGGAAAUGGUUUAGCAGUGAGCAUCUUUCCGGCUGGUGCAGGUGAUAGGACAUUGAGAUUGGAGUCUCUUUUAUCAGUUUGUCAUCAAGAUCUGUUCAUCAAAGGACAGCCCUCUGUGCAGCAAAUGAACAAACUGAUGCUUGAAGCUGCAGACUGUUCCUCCUUGCCAUCAGUGCCUCCUCUAUGCCUUACUCUCUGUCAACAUCAGGGGGCAACAUUGGGAAAGGAUGCCUCACACCUUGACAGCACAAAAGCAGAAAUAAGAAGCACAACAAGAGAAAAUACAACUACAAGGAGGAGCCAUUCAGCUAAACUGGCAAUGAAAUGCAGUCAGAAACAAAACCACUGCACAACAAUUAGUGCUUUAAACAAUCAGUUGCUAGUGCGAGGUAGUCCUCCAGCAGUGGUGGUGGCAACUACAAACGGCAAACCCCAAACAACAGCAUCAGUAGACCCAAACAAACAGCCAACAGAAAGUCAAUGUCCACCAGGAAGCACCUUGUCCACAUGCAGGAAAAGCAGUCCUCCAGCAGCCAGUCCAUUUCCAAAUGGCCCCAUGCCAAGUGUGCUCAGUGCCAGAGUCAGUGCCACUGAGGAGAAGCAGUCCACAUCGCUGGAUGCCACCACAGACGAGGCCCCCUGUCCUGCAGGAGCCUUGGUGGGUUCUGUGACCACUCGGAUCUCCACAAUCCACCUAACCAGGCAGGGAGAGCCUUCCCCCAUGUCAUCUUCAUCCUCACCGUCGCCUACAGAGGAGUGUCUGGCCAGAGAGACUCAGCUGUCUGUCCAGGAAUGUGUUAUGCAGGUGGAUGGAGUUGAGGAGGAGCUGCCUGAUGAGCUGGAAAAUGCCUGUAGUGAUGACGAUGAUUCCGACUGUUCGUCCUCAUCCACAGCAUCUAUUGCUCUCCUUUCUGGUAUUGAGGAGCCGAUGUUAUUGGGGGCGGAAGAUGAUCGAGAGGAGAGACCAGCUUUGGUUCCCAGUUUGUUUCCCCUCAUCCCCCCAACACUCUACUUCAGCACCGCCAAUGAGAAAGUGGAACUGCUGCCUGCAGAACAAAGACGACUGUUAAAAUGGAAGAUGAGCACUGUGACGCCAAAUGUUGUAAAACACACCAUCGCCAGGUCACACUUCAAAGUCACCAAGAAAAGCCACGACUGGUUGGGCUGCUGGGGACACCACAUGAAGUCUCCUGGCUUCAAGGCCCUCGGAGAGCACCAGAAAUUAAACCACUUCCCGGGAACAUUUCAGAUUGGCAGGAAGGACCGGCUGUGGAGGAAUCUGUCUAAGAUGCAAAUUCGCUUUGGCAAACAGGAGUUCAGCUUUUUCCCCCGGACCUUCAUCCUUCCUCAGGACAUCAAGCUGCUCCGCAAGGCCUGGGAGGACAGUGGCUCCAGGCAGAAAUGGAUCAUCAAACCUCCUGCUUCAGCCAGAGGAAUAGGAAUCCAGGUCAUCCACAAAUGGAGCCAGAUGCCCCGCAAGAGACCACUGCUGGUCCAGAAGUACCUUCACAAGCCCUACCUCAUCAGUGGUAACAAAUUUGACCUGCGGAUCUAUGUCUAUGUGACAGCCUACGACCCGCUCAGAAUCUACAUCUUCUCUGACGGACUGGUUCGAUUCGCCAGCUGCAAGUAUUCAUCCUCCAUGAAGACUCUGAGUAACAAGUUCAUGCACCUGACCAACUACAGCGUCAACAAGAAAAACUCUGAAUACCAGACGAACAGCGAUGAUAAGGCCUGCCAGGGACACAAAUGGGCUUUGAAGGCCUUGUGGCAGUAUCUUGGUUCUCGAGGAAUCAACACCACUCUGAUCUGGGAGAAGAUUAAAGACAUUGUGAUCAAAACCGUCAUUGCCUCCGAGCCGUACGUUAACAGUCUGCUGAAGAUGAACGUUCGGACACCUUACAGCUGCCACGAGCUGUUCGGCUUUGACAUCAUGCUGGAUGAGAACCUCAAGCCCUGGAUCCUGGAGGUCAACAUAUCACCGAGCCUCCAUUCCAACACCGCACUGGACGUUUCCAUCAAAGGUCAGAUGAUCAGAGACCUCCUGAACCUGGCUGGCUUCCGCAUUCCCCAAAGAGAAGAUGUAACUGCCCCCUGCAGUAGCACCUCCAGCUCCACCAGCAGUCUGUGUGGUGGGAGCAGGGAGAGGACGAGACCAGAGCUGUCCGCUGAUGAGAAGGUGAAACGGGCCUUUUACCUCACACAACGCUACGCAGACCAGGACUUCCUCUCUACAGUGCUGGAUGUCUUGACUCCAGAGGACGUCCGUGUGCUGGCAGAGACUGAAGACGAGCUGAAACGUCUCGGACAGUUUGAGCGAGUUUUCCCAUCGCAGUCAUCGUCUCGCUACCUCCGCUUCUUCGAAUGUCCGAGGUACCUCAAUGUCCUGCUGGACCAGUGGGAGCAGAAGCACUGGAACAACAGGACAAAAGGUAUCAGUCUGCUGACGACUCUCUGUCAGAAAGGAGUCCACCUGGGAACUAAUGACCCCGCUCACGUGUGGUCCAAGUGUAGCUACAUCUCAAAGUUUGAACCCCACAGACAAGACCUCGUCAGCCCAUCCAGAUCCAGGGUGGUGGUCAGCCAUCAGCACCGCUCCCAUCCUGACAACGACGACGGUUCAGACAGGGAGGUUGCCUCGGCCUCUAGCCUGCCUGCGUCACCAAGUCCUGGAUCUAGUGUCACCAGCAGUGCCUGUGCAAGCCCUCAGCCCGGCCACUCCCAGAGCCUGCUUCCCCAACAGUUUGCCUCACUCUGAGACUCAGUUUGCCCGUGUCAGAGUGUACCCAGUACCCAGAAGAGACACAAAGCUCAGGGUCUAGGACUAGCCCCAAACUCUCCCCAAACACCCUUCUAUUGAUUGUUCAUGUCUAAAUGGAUGAGUACUGUACCUAGAACUGUAAGCUUGAAGCCCAGUCUUAACAAACACUGUAGAGGGGAGACGAUUUUGCUUAACAGAAUUGUAUUUGGCUAAGGGAGUACUACAGUAAGUGCUAUAUACUGAGGAUAUAUAUAUAUAUAUAAGACCAGUGAAAAUAUAACACUUAAAUGACCACGCCAGUGUUUUCUAUGUCUUAAUAUACGCCAACUUUAGUUAAACUGUAUUCUUAGCUUCUGAGCAUCCAUUCAUUUCCAUUCAUUUCUUUGCAGUAUGAAAUUCAUCCUCCAGAGACUUGAAACACACUGAUAAUACAUCAUCCGUCACAGUGAGCUUCAUGUCUGCUUAAUUUCUCACAUUUACAUUGUUACAUGGCAGUGCAGUGCAACCUUUACCAAUCAGCUUAACCAGGCACUGAUGGUGUAACUUUGACAACAGCAGAAGCCGACAUGUCAGGUGUAACACUCAUUUCAGCACUCCUUAAUGCCGUGUACAAACAUAUAUUAGUACUGCAUGAAAAACAGUAGAAGCAGACAUGACCUUCAUGUCAGUAAAAGUACUGCAUUGACACAGAGGAGAUCCAUACACAGAAGUCUAGCAAUACACCGUUCAGCAAAAAAUGCUGUUUGCCCCGCGAUUGUCCUGACAGACACGAUCGUCAGCGUGUUAACUCUUCAGAGUUGUUUCAUAGUAUUAUCCACUGUGUUUGACUUUGGAUAAGCUUUACAAAUCAUGGAGGUAUUACACAAACUGAAUGUUGCGUAAUCUUCUCACUGUCACCUGCAAUCACCAACCCCUGGCAAACAGAACUGUGUGGUUUUUGAUGCCGUGCCAUUUGCCGUGAAUGGCUGCUAAGAACGAGACCCUGGGAUCACAUCUGUCUCCACACGUUGGUCCUCACUGGUCUUUAGUACACUUAAACUGUGAAAAAAAAAGCAUGCUGGGCUUUCUCACAACCUACACAACAAAGCAGCGUUAGCGUAGACUGUUGGUUUGUGUGUUUUAUGACACUGCAAAGCCAGCACUACCUUACAGAGCUGUGGUGAUAAACAGUGACUUUAAUUUCUGUAAUGUCUUGAAUCCAGUACCGUUGCUGGUUUGGUGUGAAGAGGUUCAGCAGCUGAUUGAAUGAGUGUUACAUUUCUGACCUCAUGGACUCAAAUGUGUGUGUUUGUGUGGAAAUAGAGAGGCGAAGGAAAAAGGCCUCUGAGUAGACAAAUGAACAGAGAGUUGAUGAGGAGCACUGCAGAAAAGGAGCUAUCUGAGGUGUGUUGGGAUGUCUGCAGCGUAUUACACACACAUCUUAAACGUGUCAGAACUUGACUUUAUUGUCACUGGUCGAUGGUCAGACUUGCAGUAUGCUUAAGAUACUUGAAGGCAACACUUUGAUUCCCCAGUUUGACAUAAAUGUUAGUCGACAAGAAAAGCUUCCAUUACUAACAGUAUAAAAAAAGCUAUAAAAAUAUAGAAUGUCUUGAAAGCUGCUAAAUGCAAGUCCACCAUCAGAAUUCAACCCUGCAGACCUCAACAGUGUGUGUUCAGUAACACCAACGCUUGCCCUUUACGUUUUGCUUGAAAGUACCACUUCAGUUCAUUAACACUGUGAGUUGAGCAGCUCUGAACUAAGUGUUGCUCUGGUGUUCAGUGUUUGCUGUUUGGGGGGAACCAGUUUAAGAUUUCUUUUGUAUCCUCAGGAAAAAGUUAUCUUAUUUCAAACAUAUUCAUCUACUGUGAGGAGACAUUCAGAAACAUAAAACUACUUGAAGUUAAAAAUAAUAUAUUAAAGCCAACAGCUAUAACAAAGUGACGAGCAGAACUGGCUGCAGGUGAGAAAGCAGUCGGUCCUGUUUUAUGUUCUAGUGGACAUUUUCUUUCAUUCCUGCUGUGAGAAGUUACAGUAAAAAGUGUGGAAGCUAACUUGUUUACAAAUGAGUUUUAUUAUGCAAUUUACUAACAGAUGCCAAACUGCUGUGCAGUGUCAGUGUGUAGCAGACAUGUACGAGGCUGUUAUUAACAUUCAUUAGACAUGUAAUAGAAGGAGCUCUCAGAAUAGAAAUGGAGUAAAAUGAUCAUUUUGACAUUUAGAAUGUGAUGUAGAAGCACAAAGUGGCUCGAGGGGCUUCCCUGUACGUCAGGUUGGGCUGCAACUUGCAAUCAUUUCAUUUUCUAAGCUUUUCAUUACUUUGUGUAAUAAUUGAUUAACAGUUUAGUCUCUAAAACUUAUUAAAAACUUACUAGAAAAAAGAGUGGCGCUUCUAAAACUCCUGUUUCUCCUUAACAGAAAUACACAAUGAUGUAAACCCAGAGGAGCUGGCGCCAGUGAACGUUUACAUUUUUCCUUAAAAAAAUGACUUAAACAGUCAGCUGAUCAUCAAACUUUUGGUUGAUUCAUCAAAUCGACAAAAGAAAAUGAAUCAGCUCAUUGUUUCAGUAAAAGUUUGAAAAGGUGGUGUGUUGAAAAUGAUGAAGUGUGAAUCACCUUUGACAAGGGCUUUGGAAAAAAACUCAUCAUCAUCAUUUCCAUGUCAGCUGUUUCACAUCUGCCAACAGCUACAGCAGCAUCUUCAGUUCAGCUGACAUCUCUCCGUCAGAAAUGGGCACCACAUCCACCAUAAAGUACAUAAGUGGGUUUCAGGGAGCAUGUAAACGUUCAGUUCUACAGGGAAAAGUAAUUCUGGAGUCUUAAUGUUUCCAUAUGACAGAAGUUACAGUCUGCUCCGACACAUUUAGCAGAGUCCACUUCACACUACAGCCAUCCCACUGUCACGAUACUGGCUGCGUUUCAGAGUUGACAUAUAUUACAAAAUUAAAUAAUAAUGCUAUGUUUGAAGUUGUUUUUAACUUAACAGAAAUAUAAGUGGAAAUGAUAUGUCUUACUAACGUACAGAUGUAAAAUGAUCAUGUUAAAGGGCUGUAUGAAUGCUCAGGAUGACAAUUUCAAAAUAAAACUUAU